GUUUCGUGACGUCAUAAAAAGCGACGGCAGGCAAUCUUCCCUCUGCCGCAAUGCUGUUCUAAGAAGAAGGAAGUAGUACGAAGCUAGACAAGAGUGUCGUCUGCAGCUAGACCCCUCUCAAGCAGGAGUCGAACGAGUUUAGAAUCGCAUCACCGAGCGACAGAGAGAGGGGAGAGAGAGAGAGAAAGCUGCCAUUUACUGUUGGGACUAGAUGGAUUUGAAAGAGGAGGAACAUGAGGCCAACAUGAAUAUUCUGGACAAAAGGACCCCACAUGUUAAGGAGGAGGACUGUGAAUGGGAGUGUGUCCAACCUAAACAGGCGAGUCUGGGCAUUAAAGACGAGGAAUGUGAACUGGGGUCUGUGGGCAUUAAAGAAGAGGCUGAAGAGACGUCUGUCAGCAUUGAGGUACACACAUUUAAAAGGAUUGAGAGUGUGAAGGAAGAUGAACAAGAUGGAGCAGUGACUGAGUUUGUCUCUUCUCAAAGCAGACACUGUCCAUCACCAGAGUCUUCUAUCAAUGUGAAGUCUGAAUCAUUAGAGUCUGACGCAAAGAGGACUGAGGAGGUGUCAUCUGUUAGAACUCCAGAAGAUCAGCCAUCAACUUCGGGUAAAUCCAGAACAGGAGACAAACCUCAUUGCUGUUCUGAAUCUGGCAAACUGUUCAAGUCCAGGGCAAAUCUUCAGAUACACAAAAGCAUUCACAUGGCAGAGAAGCAUUACUGCUGUUCUGAAUGUGGCAAGCAGUUUUUAAAAAGGUGUUUACUUCAUAGACAUCAAAGAAUCCACACAGGAGAGAAACCUUAUUGCUGUUCUGAAUGUGGCAAGCAGUUUUCACACAAAUGGGAUCUUCAGAUCCACCAAAGAAUUCACACGGGAGAAAAGCCUUAUUGCUGUUCUGAAUGUGGCAAACAAUUUUCAUCCAAGGGAUGUCUUAAGAUACACAGAAGAAUUCAUAUGGAAGAGAAGCCUUAUUGCUGUUCUGAAUGCGGCAAGCAGUUUUCACAAAAAUGGCAUCUUCAGAGCCAUCAAAGAAUGCAUACAGGAGAAAAGCCUUAUUGCUGUUUAGAAUGUGACAAGCGGUUUUCACAAAAGAGCAGUGUUCUAAGACACCAAACAAUUCACACAGGAGAGAAGCCUUAUUGCUGUUCUGAAUGUGGCAAACGAUUUUCAGAAAAGCGCAAUCUUCUGAAACACCAAACAAUUCACACAAGAGAGUAUCCAUAUUGCUGUUCUAAAUGUGGCGACAAGUUUUUGAAAAAGAUCCAUCUUCAGAGCCACCAAAGAAUUCACAAAGAGAAGCCUUAUUGCUGUUCUGAAUGUGGCAAGGAGUUUUUGAAAAAGACCCAUCUAAAGUACCACCAAAGAAUUCACACACAAGAGAAGCCUUAUUGCUGUUCUGAAUGUGGCAAGAAGUUUUUGUAUAAGAACAAUCUUCAUAGACACCAAAGAAUUCAUACAGGAGAGAAACCUUAUUGCUGUUCUGAAUGUGGCAAGAAGUUUUUGCAGAGAUGGUAUCUUCAGAUCCACCAAAGAAUUCACACUGGAGAAAAGCCUUAUUGCUGUUCUGGAUGUGGUAAGCAGUUUUUGCAGAAGAGCAGUCUUCAGGUACACCAAAGAAUUCACACGGGAGAAAAGCCUUACUGCUGUUCUGAAUGUGGCAAGCAGUUUUUGCAGAAGAGCCGUCUUCAAAUCCAUCAAAAAAUUCACACAGGAGAAAAGCCUUAUUGCUGUUCUGAAUGUGGCAAUCACUUUACAGAAAAGCACAAUCUUCUGAACCACCAAACAGUUCAUACGGGAGAGAAACCUUAUUGCUGUUCUGAAUGUGGCAAGCAGUUUUCACUUAAGAAGAAUCUUCAGAGCCACCAAAGAAUUCACACAGGAGAAAAGCCUUAUUGCUGUUCUGAAUGUGGCAAACGUUUUUUAAAAAGGAGUUCACUUUAUGCACACCAAAGCAUUCACACAGGAGUAAAACCUUAUUGCUGUUCUAAAUGUGGAAAGAACUUUUCACAGAAAGCGGCUCUUCAGGUCCACCAAAGAAGUCACACAGGAGAGAAGCCUUAUUGCUGUUCUGAAUGUGGCAAGAAAUUUUCAACAAAAGGGGCUCUUCAGCUCCACCAAAGAAUUCACACAGGAGAGAAGCCUUAUUGUUGUUCUGAAUGUCGUAAGUGCUUUUUGCUCAAGACCAGUCUUCAAAUUCACCAAAGAAUUCAUACAGGAGAGAAGCCGUAUCGUUGUUCUGAAUGUGGCAAGUGCUUUUUGCUCAAGACCAGUCUUCAAAUUCACCAAAGAAUUCAUACAGGAGAGAAGCCUUAUCAUUGUUCUGAAUGUGGCAAGUGCUUUUCACAAGCUGGCAAUCUUUCAACCCAUCGAAAAAUUCAUACUUGAGAGAAACCAUAUUGCUUUCCUGAAUAUGGCAAGUGCUUAUCACAAAGGAGUAAACUUCAGCGCCACAAGGAAAUUAACAGUGGCGUCACCACAAUGGGUCAGACACUCACGGUACACUUGUGUGUUCUUAAGAAAAUUAGAGAACCUGACAGAUUCCAGUGUUCAUGUGAAGAUAAAGAGAAGACCAAGUACUGCUGGUUCUUAUACAGCUGGACAUGAGCUCUCAACUGAAGUGCAUCCUGUGACAGCUUGUGCAAAACUGCAGUGCAGAAAUGUAAUUUUGAUUUCCAAAUUAGAUGAUAUAGAAAAAUGUAUUCUUAAAGUUGGUAAUCUCUAUGUAUUAGAAAAGUAUUUUAAGCCCAUGAGAAAGAUUAUAUUUCCCUAGGUAUUAAGACUAAAUGUUAGGGUUAAAAAAGCUUAUGCCUACAUAUUUGUAUUAUUCUGUAUGAGCUAGAAACCACGACUAUUUCAUAAGCCAAACCUCAGACGUGCAAGAGAGCUGGAAAGGACGGACCCCCUCUGUUAGAGAGGGAAUAUAAACUUUCCAACUAUAAAUAUUGGUGGUGACUGCUGAGCUAGCAGGGAGUAAGGAUAGGCCUUGUCAAACAGAUAUGAUGGACAGAGAGGGGUUUGACACCCCCUCAGCUAAGAAAUAUUGGUAGAAUGAAUUAGAGGCAGGAUUAGAGUAGUGGAAUGAUAGGAGUCCGAUGAGAAUGAAUAAUGGCUUGUG